CAUGUACAUUAAUAAGAGUAAUAUUUGGUAUAUUUUAGGCAAACUAUAAAAAAUGUACAAAAAACCUCUAAGACGCUGAUAAAUAUCUUACAUUUUUAUACGGUCCUGUUUUAAAACAAGUCAUAAAACUGUGAAAAAUAGUGAGUUUUGAGGAUUUCCGUACUAUAAAUUUUUGACGCCCGUCUCGCAAAGAACGUUAUGACUUAAUUAGAAAAAUGUCAACUUCCGGUUGCCACACGACUGUCAAUUUUUUAAUUUUUCUCUGUUUGGCAAUAAAUUCUGCGUAUUCCUGGGACAGCGAUGACCUUGAAUUGUUUGAUUUAGUAGAAGAAGUGAAUGCAAAUUUUUAUGAGUUGCUUGGCGUAUCAACGACUGCCAGUGGCAGUGAGAUUAAGAAAGCGUACAGAAAAAAGACACUCCAGGUUCAUCCAGACAAGAACGAAGCUGCUGAUGCAGAAGAACAGUUCCGAAAGCUUGUUUCAGUGUACGAAGUUCUGAAGGAUGACGAAAAGAGAGAAAAGUACAACCAAGUGUUGGAGACUGGCUUGCCGGACUGGAGACAGCCUGUGUUCUACUACCGCAAGGCUCGUAAACUAGGCCUCGUUGAGCUUGCUGCAGUGUUGUUCCUCAUUAUCACCGUUGGGCACUACUUUGUCAUGUGGGCCAUCUAUCUGGAGAGAAGGCUGGCACUGGAGGAUUUCUUCGAAUCAAAACGUAAACGUGAGACCAAGGGGAAACGAGGAAAGGCGGCCGUCAUGAACGAAAAACUGGAGGAGAAUAUGAACAUCACCCUGCAGUCCAUCCCCAAACCCCAGCUAUCCAAACUAUGGCCAAUCACGUUUACCCUGUGGUCCAUACGAACAUCUGUUGGUUUCCCGUCUCGGGUACGGAUGUGGCGUGAGAUGCGUAAACUGGAGAUGGAAGCCCGACAAAUGGAACUGGAAGAACAAGAGAGACUAGAUGCACAAUACAGGGAGGAACAAGAGUUGAGAAAACAGAAGAGAAAGGUUAAAGUGGAACGUGAGAUCGCCGUGCUGACAAAGUCAGAUAUAACUCCUGUGAUGUACGGACAGAAGGACGAGGCGGACGACUCUAGUGACUCAGGGUCUGUCUACAAAGAAAACGUCAAGACUGGAGAAUGGGUAGAUGAGGAUUAUGUGUUACUGUCAAAGGCGUACAUCAAGUUUCCUGGGGGUACUGCCAAGCGCUGGGAGAAAAUUGCUGAGAUGGUUGGACGACCUGUCAAUGAGGUUACUUCAAAGUAUAAAAAGAUGAAAGGAAACUUCCAGAUGAAUCUAAGUGACACUGUACAAGGUGGGAUAAAGGCAAAGAAAGACGUUGUUAUUAGUGACGAUAUAAUCUCUAAACCGACAGAUGAGACUGAAAACAGUGAGAAUGUUGUCAGAAAAAGACACAAAAACAAGCAGAAAAAUGAUACAGAAAAGACUCUGAUUACUUCCAAUGGAAGUGGCAAUGACCAAUCAAAUAAAGAAAAUAUAACUAGUAAUCAGGCAAGUUCCAUGGAUUCAAAUUCAAAACAAAAUAGCUUACAAAAACAGCAGAAAAACCAGUCAAGUGCCAAAAAUACAUCUAGUGUAAAAAUUAGUGAAAAGAAAUCAGAUAAUAAAAAUACUGAAGGUGCUUUAAAUGAUAAAUCAGAAUCUAACAAUGAUCCUCAAGUUAAAUGUGAAGGUCUAGACGCCUGGUCCCAGAAUCAACAAGUUAUAUUAGAAUGGGCAUUGAAACAAUACCCCAAAGGCACAGAUCAGAGGUGGGAAAAGAUUGCUGAGCAGAUUCCUGGAAAGACAAAGGAAGAAUGUGUUCUCAGGUUCAAAUAUCUUGCCGUGCUUGUCAAGCAGAAGAAGCAGCAGAAAUCAUGACAGAAGAUUGCAGGGCUUAACACACAAACUUCUUGAGUUAGCAGAAGACUGCAAGAAAAAAGUCAUUCAAGUGGUUAAUUAUGAACAAUACCCAUGAGGUUUUAACUUCCAGUUUUUGUUUCAACAGUAAGCAUCCCUUGCAUUUUUGGAUUCAUUACAAUAAAUAUCACGCUUGCAUUUUUCUUUAGAAAUUUAACACAAUGCGGUUUGAUCUAAGAUUCAGUUUAGAGUUAACUUGUGUAUUCAUAUUAUACAUUGUCUUAUUAUUUUGUAUAUCUAUUUCUUUGGAACUUCUUUUGUUAUCUUUCAGCAAAGCAUUUAAAUCUUAUUUUGGAAAUACAAAUUUACAAGUUAAA